AUGGAUACGAAAUGGUCGGGUUUACGGGAUAUGUUGGUGGCAGAUAUGUUUGGUGCCGGAGAGGGGUUUCCUGGCUGGCACGAGCUCGAGAGGGAGAGGGAGAGGGAGAGGGAGAGGACGUUUCUCACUGCCUCCCUCGGACAGAGAUGGACACAACAUCCUCACCACCACACCACCUGCUCUGCCUCUCCGGAGCUGGAUCUUGAAACAAUUCACCUACUUCUGCACUCACCCCUCACCACCGACCUGCUCCGUUGCUCAACUGUUUGGAUGGAUAUACGUACCCUCGCACCUCAGAUCACACCAUGCCGCCCCUCAAUCUCACAAAAGCACGUGCGACACCUCAGAUCACACCAUCCCGCCCCUCAGUCUCGCAAAAGCACGUGCGACCCAGCGACAAUCUCAUCAUCUUUCUUCCCCCCCGCACCCCACCACCAAGUCGAUCUUGGCGUACAAGGGUCUUGGCGUGCAAGGGUGCCUUUGUCCUCCUUUGUCCUCCCACCCAAACGCGAGUACCACGCUAGACAGACGCUAAGGACGUGGGUUAUGUAA